UUUAACCGACAUUUAUUAUGUACUCAAAUCAUCUGAACGAGCUUUCAGUCUGUGAGAAAGCACAUUUAUUUUUUAAUGGAUUGUUCGUGCUCAAAGGAACUUUUUUGGCCUUCCCAGUCGUACAUUAACUGAUGGAUGAAACCAAACAGGCAAUCGAAAAAGACAAUGAAAAAGAACACGAACAAUGUGAAGAGUUUGAACAGUGCCAGGAAUACUGCGAUGGAAACAUUGCAAAAUACUACUGCGCGCAAUGCAUGACAAAUUUUUGCGCUGAUUGUUUCGAGAAAGAGCACACUUUGAAACGUAAGAAGGAAAAUCAUGAAAAAGUUUUAACUCCCCGAAAGCUAUGUAAAAAGCACAAGCUAACUCUUCAAUAUCAAUAUAAAUUUGGAUUUAUGUGCUGUAUGUGCAUAAAGGAAAUGAAGCCAUCGCAAAUUGGUCAUGAUUUUAUUGAACCCAUUGACGGAGUUGCUUCUGUGUUAAGAGAAAAGUUGGAUGUUGGAUUGAAAUAUCUCGAAUGUGUGGCACAAAUUUUAAAGAAAAGAAUUGAAGCUAGUGAUGAGAAUAUUAGUUCUGCUGUAGAUUGUGCAAGAUCUGAAGUGCGAAGAUUUUUUACUGCUCUAAGUUUACUUUUAAAUAAACAGGAGGAGUCCUUUCAGCAUCAACUUACUUCAUUAGUGAAGAGCACGGUAUCGAAGCCUGUUUUUACCGAAAUGAAACAAACAAUGGAAGCGAUUGAAGAGAUUGUAACAAAGGGAAAAGAACUAAUGUCUCAGGAUAGUGUUUUCUUAACAAAACGAUAUGAUCAUUUUUCAAAAAUCAUUGACGGGUUAAUAGCCAGUUACGAUGUACAAAUGUUUCCAUCUCCUAAUCUAAGUGUGUCUAUCAACGUUCAUAAGCAUCUUCUUGAGAUGGUCAGGCGCCCUGGAUACAUAUCAACCACCUUUGAUGAAUGUAGAGCUGUCAUGAAACUUCCUGGUUUACCUGCCGUAAAGACGAAUGAAAUCAACGCGAACUCUGUAGUAAAAAUUCACCCGAAGAACGAAAAAGAAAAAGAAGACACUAUCCUUACUACACCUUCUAAUUCAAUUCCUACGUUGACUUCGAAUGUAAUAACGAACGAUGAUGAAAAAACUCCCUUGUCACACUUGCCUGCACUGGAUAAAACUUUGCCUUUAGAAGAGAAUUUGGUCGCUGUCAGUAAUUUAAGUAAUGCGAAUGAUGAUCGAAAAAAGUUGGAGAUAGGGGUCGAUUUGACAUGUAAAUGUGAUUCUGCGUCGCCGUUGAGUGAGCCAUUAAUGUUGACAGAUCUUCAAUACGAAUCUCAGUACAUUGAACGUGAUAAUUCAGGCAAAGAAAACAAAGAAAACAGACAAGUUAAAAGAAAACCCUGUGAAAAAAGUUCCCAGUUUCUGUCUUUUCCAAGGAAAUCCCGUAGAACUGAAGCAUCUAAAGAACUUAAUCUUUGUGACAAAUUGUUAACAGAACUAUGGGUAUCCGAUGAUUCAUAUCCUUUUGCGCGUCCUGUAGAUCAUAAAAAGGUCCCUGAGUACUACGAAAUCGUUAAGAAUCCAAUUGAUCUCACGAAAAUCAAAACAAAAUUGCAAACACUAAACUACGAUUCAGUGUAUGAUUUUGUGGAUGACAUGAAGCUAUUGUUUGACAACUGCUAUCUUUUUAAUCAGUCCGAUUCCUCCAUCUUUGAGAAUGGUAAAAACUUGGAAAGGCAGUUCAUGCUAUUGAUGCGUGAGAGUUUUCCUUCAGUUCAUUAUCAGUCGUCUCUUCCUGGUAAUAAUUCUGAUAAUUUAACUAAAAAUGUUUAAUUUGUGUGUACACGCUAUUACUACAAGUUGUAGCCGUUUGCUGUGUCUUAAAUUAUAGUAAAAUCAACUAAUAUCGAUUUUUUGAAGUAUUUUGUAAAAAUGAGAAGAUUUUAUGAAAUUAUUUAAAAAUUUCUGGACUGCAUUACAACGUUGUUAACGUACUUUAGUAUCCUUUUGCAUAUAUACCCUAACAAUGUUCACGCGUAUACGUAUAUUAUCGUCAUAGCAAUAUUUAGGAAAUAAUGUUAUUGUAAAAUGAGAUUAUAAGAAAGAUGUGAUUGUGGUGAAAAAGUUGCCACAUUAUUCAUUGACAACAUUAAAAAAUAUCCAUGUUUACAAGA